CAGGCUUAUCGCGCGCUAAACCGGAGACAACACGGAGCGACUGAGCGGGGAGAAACAACAGGAGAAAGAAUAAAAGAAGAGGAAGAACAGUGCUUUCCUUUAAGAGUCUUCUUCGUGAAGAUCCCCUUUCUGCCAGCGGCGCCCCCCUGCUGUUGAGGCUGUGGUAUGAGCCUAUGUGGCAGGAAGGCGCUGACUUUGCUGAGCAGCGUGUUCGCUGUUUGCGCCCUGGGCCUCUUGGGGAUCGCUGUAAGCACCGACUACUGGCUCUACCUGGAGGAGGGCGUCAUCCUUCCCCUCAACCAGAGCACUGAGGUACGCAUGUCCCUCCACUCUGGCCUCUGGAGGGUUUGCUUCUUGGCUGGAGAGGAGAAAGGCCGAUGUUUUACCAUCGAGUAUGUGAUGCCCACUAAUGUCCAGAUGACUUCUGAAUCCACCGUUAGUGUCCUGAAGAUGAUUCGUUCUGCCACGCCCUUCCCGCUGGUCAGCCUCUUCUUCAUGUUCAUUGGUUUUGUGCUCAGUAACAUCGGCCACAUCCGACCCCAUCGCACCAUCCUGGCGUUCGUUUCUGGAAUCUUCUUCAUACUGUCAGGUCUCUCCCUAGUGGUUGGUCUGGUGUUGUACAUCUCCAACAUUAAUGAUGAAAUGUUGAACAGAACCAAAACUAAUGAGGCCUACUUCAGCUAUAAGUACGGCUGGUCAUUUGCCUUUGCUGCCAUCUCCUUCCUGCUCACUGAGACGGCAGGUGUCAUGUCAGUGUACCUGUUCAUGAAGCGCUACACAGCAGAGGAAAUGUACCGGCCCCAUCAGGGCUUCUACCGGCCUCGCCUCAGCAACUGUUCAGAUUACUCCGGCCAGUUCCUCCAUCCAGACGCCUGGGCCGGACGUGGCCGCAGUGCCUCCUCCAUCUCCUCUGAGGCCUCCCUCCAGAUGAACUCCUCCCACUACCCUGCUCUCCUCAAGUGUCCAGAGUAUGAACAAAUGUCCUCGUCACCUUGCUGAGGCAGACGAUAAAUGGUUGUUUAGGUUUUAUCUAUCUGGAUUUUGGAGUAAUUUUUUUGAUAAUUUCUAUAUUAUCAAGCUUGAAGUGUCCUGACUAUGACCUGAUUCUCUCUACCCUCCCUCCUGCUGAUCUUUUUAUUUACACUUUUGCUUCUAUGGGGAGCAAACUUAAGUUGAGGGGUAGCCAGUUCACUUUAUUCUCCGCUUGAUUCAGAGAGAGCUGUCAGAGAAUAAGAGAGGAAAGGUUGACCAGGUUGUACUUUUAUCUGCUUUUUCUCUAGUUUUUGUGAUAGGUGACUAGCAACCGGCUGAAAUGACAAACUGAAGGGUAAAGACAUCUGAACUGGGUAACUUGAGUAGCUUCAACCUGCAGUGUGCAAGUCCACUAGUACUGCUUCAGCUUUUUGACAGGAUUACACGCCACUGCACAUCUGCAGAUAUGGCGACUUUAGGUUAGAGGUAAGAAUUAGAUUGGCAACUAUGUGCCAUGGAUGUAGAGGCUGGUUUUCAACCAGCCAGAAACCGCAAAGUAAUCAGUGACAUUGCCAUGUGAAUGGAAAAGUUGAUUAGCAUAAUUUAUCAUAAAAGGUGGUUCAACCUUUUUUUUUCAAUUUGUUCGUAAGAUCAUUGCACAAAUUGUGCAGGCUUUGUAUUUAUGAUAAGGUCAAAAUCAAAUUGAUAUAGCUCAUUAUUCUACAUACUGUCCAUGUGCACCAGCUGUCAGUGUGCAACUCUCACUCACUUCUCAGUUUGUGCAGAAAACGGCUUUUAUAUUAUACCGCGGCUGUUCUCAGACACAUCAUGUGUUUAUGUGAAGCUAGAACUCAGUUAGAGCUUAUGAAACAAAUGUUAAAUGUAAAUUUCAACCAUUCAAAUGGCUCAUUUUAACUGACAUGCUGUAACAGGCUGGGCUUGUGACAGAUGGUUUGUGACCUUCCAUAUAAACUUCAUCUCUUAAGCCACCCUGUGAGGAUUUCUGUAUCAACAAUUUGCAGGUCACAUUAGUUUUUAGUUAACAGCAAGUAUUUAUAUUCCAGGUGUAGGUCAUUUGCAUAGGAGCCCAUACUUUGUAUGUAGCCACUGAAGGGUGGAAGACUUUGCUUUGCUUGUAUUUACAUAUUUAUGUGCAGCUAAAUUACAUAGUAUGAAAGUUUUUAUUUGAAAGCUUGUUUUCAUUGGUCCCCAUCAGCAGUUUAAGAGCAUUGUGUAGGAUUUAAGGAGAUCUUAUGAAUGGCAGUACGGAAUAUAAUAUUUCUAACUUUGUUUUCAUUAGUGUUAAAUCACCUGAAACUAAGAAUUGUUGUGUUUUUGUUUGAUUAGAAUGGACCCUUCAUAUCUACACAUGGAGUGGCCAUGUUGCACCAGGGGCACCAAUUUCUACAGUAGCCCAGAACAGACAAAUCAAACAGGGCCUUUUAUUUUUUUAUGUUACCUAAAGGUCGACUUAGUUCUUCGACAUGCAUGGAGAUGAAGGUGUGAGCGGAGGGGUAUUCAGUUGUUUGCAAUCCACAACAUCACCACUAGAUGCCACAAAAUCCCACACACUGAACCUUUAAGUAGUGACACCAAAGGAAAGGUUUGUAUUAUAGGCUGCUAGUCAGGGCAUAUGAGUAACAUUCUUUUUCAUGGCCUAAAUCUGAAUAUGUUAUUGGUUAUAUAAACGUAUAGUGUUUCAUUGUAUAUUCUUGUAAAGUUAAGAUUGUUAACUUAUUAUUAUGAAUAAUGCAGGACUGCUUAAACCAUACAAAUGUAUAUAAACCUUUUAUAUUAUCUGAGAACCUAUGGUUCAUGUAUGCAGUGGUCUAUUCAAAAAGUGUAUUUAGCUAGCAUUUAAAAAGAAAACAAGCAGUACAGAAUUGCAACUCUGACUGUGUUUAUCAGUUAUAAAAGAGUUAUAAAAUAUUUAUUAUAUAUUGAAAAAAUAAGAUAAGGCCAAAGGGGUGAAGAGGGAGUCUGUUUGGUUUUUGAUAGAGAAUGUCAAUGAUUCAGGUGGUAUUAAAGACUAUUUUGAAAUGGAGCCAUUAUGAAUGUAAGAUGUGCUGAAGGAAAUUGAAGGGGACUGUUUUUGCAAAUACUAAAAUACCUCUCCUACAAAGAUUUAUUUACCCAAAUUAUAGAUGCAUAUUUUUAUAAUUUACCCCCGAUAAUAAUGAGUAUUCUUAGAUGCUUGACAUACAAAUAUACUGCAGUCCAUGUAGUGUGCCAAGGAAGAAGCUGUAUCCAGGUUGAGUGGCUUACAGGUGAAUUAUUGAAUAUAAACAUUUCAUGCAGUGUGACAAACAUAUUACAGAGAAGCAUUUUGUCUUGUGCAAUAUAUUUUUUGUUACUUUGAUAUAUUACUAAAAUUAGGAUUAUUGUCCGUAUUUAAUGUUGCAUGGUGUGAACUCCACGUAUUAUUAAUGGCAUGCAACAUUUCACCACUGGAUCAUGGUAUUCCACCUGCAGUACAUGUAAACAAACAAACAAUCUGUGCCAAGCUAUGCUCACUCUGUUUUGGUAUAUAGACCAGUUUCAUUUUGUUUAUUUUAAACACUGUAAAUAUGAAAUCAGUGUGUAUAUAGAUUCAUUUUUGUAUAGAUUGAAGUACAUGUAAAAAAAAUAUAGUAGUUUUGUUGUUGGUAGAUUCAUCUGCAGUAUAUGUGACAGCUGCUUUGCCUCCUGCAUCACAUUGAGAAUGUGAGUUUUUGCAUAAUGGUAUACUUAUAUAAAUGUAAAGUAUUCAGAUGGUGUCAUUGUCAGACAUGAAAUGAAAUGUCAAUCUCUGUGUAUUUUUACAAUCAGUCAUUUUCAUGAUGUUAAAUGUGCAAUGGAAUAUGUAUACUCAACGAAAUAAAGUUUAAUGGGAUUUGAUAAACAAAA